AGCAUUUCGGCUUUCACAAGGUGUGCUAAUGGUCAUGUUUGGCAACCCCCGAAGGGGCACCUAGUUGCCACAAGGAGUCGGAAACUGAGGACUGGGCAGCGAUGGCUGCGCUUGCAGUGGCCCCUCGGACAUGGCCGCAAGGUUUAAAUGCAGCUGAGAGAAUAAAGGCGGAGAUGGAGCGGAAUGCCAACCCCGAAAAUCCGGAGGAGGAGGAGGAGGUGUUUGACGAGCUUCUGUGGCGUCAGAAUGUCACCGACUUGCAUAGGGUAAUGGAGGUGGCCAAGUCCCUCUGGCUUCUGCUGGAGCACAGCAACGAGGCCAUGGUCCGGGUGGCCCUGGAAAUCGCUUUAGAUGGCACUUACAAGAAGGUGCUGUGGUGGCCAGAUUUUUGGUUUUCAGACCACGACAAACGUGAAUACUUUAAGGAAAUCGUGAGAAUAAAGCUCGCCAUAGCCGUCGCAAAUGCGAAGGGUUCGGCGGUUGAUCUCACUGAAUUUCAGAGAAGUGACGAUACUGAGUUGGUGAACAGCCUACGCAAGCAGAUUGCUGACCUCGAGGCAGCACUUCGGGAGGCAAGAGCGAAGCAAGAGGCCGCCGAAGCCAGAUGCCGCGACUUGGAAAAGGCAGCCGAGGAGGCUGCCCAGCGAAUUGCAGCCAUGGAGAAAUCUCUGGAUGACUUGCGCAAGGAGGUCAAAGAGUACCGAAACUCGAUGCAUCUUGCGAACAACGAAGAGUCUGAGGAACUCGCACGCCUCAAGCAGCAACUCAAAACCAGUGAGGAAGAGAGAGCCAAGUUAGAGGAUUUGCUCUCUCAGCUGAGGAAGCAGCUCCAGGAUGCGUCCAAGACUGGCGGCGACAGCGAUAAGUUGAAUUCUGAGCUGGAGAUGGCCAAGCGGCGGAUCGAGGAGUUGGAGAAUCGCUUGAAAGAGGCUCAGAAAGAGAUUGCCGCAUUGAAGCGGCCGAAACCCGGGGCUCCAGAAGCUGCACCAUCCGAUUCAGCAGCCGAGAAGGACGCGAUGCGGAAACUGAGGGAGGAGCUGAAGGAAGAGCGAAGGAAAAGGGAGGAGGCAGAAGAGUUGCUCCGAAAAGCUCAGGAGCAACUCGAACUGCUCCGAAAAGAGAUUGAGGCAGAGAGGAAGAAGGCUGCUGACCUCAGCGCGGAGUUGAAGCGAGCGCUGGACAUGAAGGGUGAAAAACCGCCCGAUGUAGUCACGGAGAUCAAGCAGGUGACUGUUCCAGGCGGCUUGACGGAGCAGCAGUUGGCGGAGCUGGAAGAGCUGCGAGCAAAAGCCGAAGAGCUUGAGAAGCUGAAGGCAAAGCUCAAGAAGCGGGACCAGCAGAUCGCAGCUCUCCAAGAGGAGAACGAUAAGCUGCAGGAGGAACAGGUCCGAUUGUUGAAGAUGCUGAAGCAGGUUAAGGAACAGCUUCGGAUUGUGAUGGAGCUUGCAGAGAAGAAGGGCUUUGGUGACAUUAUCAAGAAGCUCUUCGAGGAAGCUGGAUUGGCGUCGACCAUGAGUGAUCCGGACUAUACCUGCUUUGACCGCCUUUAUGACGAUGCUUUGAGGCGGAUGGACAAGCAGCGGCGGUUGGAAUGGUACCGAAUGGGCAACACGGGAGAGCCGCCAGCUUCGUUCAAGGCGAAGCACUCCUACCGCCGGCGCGAAUCGCCAGAAAGACAGGCCGAUCAGAAGCAGAAUCGAGGAGGUCCAGUGUAUUGCAGGAACUGUGGAUCACCGGUGGAGGUCCCUAUCCAGACUUCGUCUCCGUCUCUGCCGCCCACACGCUCGCCGUCACCAUCGCCGUACGACAGUGCAGUCUCCACCUACUACCAGUCCGGCACAACCCAGAUGCAGCACUCCUACAGCAAUGGUUCCUUGCCGUCGCAUCGGUCUCCCAGUCCACCGUCGAGAUCUUUAUCACCAGCCGGCGCUGACCUGCGCAUCGAGAGCGUGCGACCAGCAGGUGGAGGGCACAUUGCGCUCUCAGUGGCCACCUGGGGCGACCGCACACCUUGGAGGCCUGGACAGCCGUUUCACCAGAAACAGAUGAGGAGCAGGACGCCAGAGCAGAGGGCACAGCGGCCAGAGCGAGGCAGCCUGCCUCCUUUGCGAGACCCCAGCAGUCCUCAGGGGCGGGCGAUGCCAGUGCGCAGCAUGAUGGGCUCCUCGAGCGCCGUGGAGCUUCGCCGGGAGGUCCCUGAGGCGAGGGGGCGGCUGCGUGGCGCCAUGUUCGUUCACGAUGUCCGGCCCUUCAAAGCAUCGGAGUUUACGGGCGAGGACCCUCGGAUGCUUUGGCGGCCCCAGAAGUCAUUUCCUCUCAAGGAUGCUCCAGGCACUGCAAGACUAAGACCCGUUUGCCGGUUGCACUCAUGGGCUCCCAGGCACAAUGCCCCAUGUCACCAUGCAUUCGCGUCCCGCAGCGGUGUGGGCCCGAAGCCGCUAGCAUCGCAUCCUUGCAGCUGGCCAAGGACAGCCGUUUGCACAUCGCGCAUGGUUUGCCGCAACCAGCGCACGGUGGAGAGGCAAUGGUGCGCGGGCACGCGAAGCAGCAGGCUGCUGGAGUGCUGGAGUGGAGUGGAGGCCCGCUUUCGGCACGGACUGUCAGACGAGGCCCAAGAGCGCAACGCCGCGAAGCAGGCCUGAGCUAGAGCCAAGUGAGCGGAGUGAGCGGAGGUGUCGGCCAAGUGCAUGCUGCCUACGCAUGUUGCGUAGGCAGCCUCGAAGAAGUCCGGAUCGCAGCUAGAUGCCGCGCGCUGAGACGUGAAAGCAUGAGCGAAUGGAAUGGCCAAAUGGCAGGCCCAGAAGGCAGGCUUGAAGUUUCAGUGUCCCAGCUGCCGAGCACCAAGCUGGGAUUUCGGCUUAAAGUUCAAGCUUGCCACGAGAUCAGACUCAGGUCUGCAGGAGAGCACCAACUACAAGAUGUCCCUCGGCCAAGUUUGGUGCCUGAGCGGCUUUGUUGCGCAGCGGCACGCGACGAAUGAGGCUACAGCAGCACUACGACUCGAAGCACCCGAAACUGUCUGUCACUGAGCUUCUGCAUCGUUGAGACUUCGGCUGGCUCCCCACUCCAGACUUUCUUCUGCAAAACCUCCCCACGAGCAUUGUUGGGCUGAGACAUGUGCAGUGUUGGACUGAUACUGCACACGCGUCAUGCAGACGUUUGCCCGGGUAGAGGUCAUGCCCACCGGAGGAAGAAUGCUACAAGAAGUGAUGCGGGAAAGCACGUCCCUCGGAACCGGUCGGAACCCGGGCAGCAUUUUUCGAGAGGCGUGAAUUGAGCUCAGGCAACAUUUAGAUCCAACGAACGUUGGACAGCACCCAUACGCAGGCACUGAACCCCAACUGUUCUCAAUAGUUUGAUGCAUUUAUGCUAUGCAGAUACGCUUCGCACAUCAGAGACAUGGCAUCUUGUGCUCCACAGGUCGCCAGGUCGCGCAAUCCUGAAGCUUGGCACUCAGGAAGUGUCCGCAAAGCUGUGAGCAACCGCCAAUAUUCAUCGUAUUUGUAGCAAAGGAUGUACAUGCAGCGGAUGGAAAAACAUCUUCCAAUGGAGCCGGCAUUUUGGGGGUUGAUUGCAACCUGCCAGCUCCUAGGCCGUGGCCGAGUGAACUCGGGAAGUCCCAGAAAAGAGAUUCACAUCCGCAACUGACAACUCGUAACUUGUAUCGUUUCACUUUUUACUACGGGGCAUGACAGUCUCAGGCGACUUCCAAUUUGGCUUGCAUGGAUCCAGCUUCAAGGCUGUACAGCCGACGCUUUGUAUCGCUCCCAUAUUUCUCGUCUGUCUAUACCACGUGCCAGUGAGGC